ACCUGAAAAAAACUCCCAUAGACUUUGAUGUCUAACGACCUGACCUCAAGCUGCUCCUUCACAUGUAAGGUCAGCUGAUCAAACAGCUGAUCAAAGUGCUCUGAGAAACUGGGUCAACACCACAUGUGGUCCUCUUCAGUCCGGCUGGGCCCGCGGUACCAUCACAUCACACUGACCUGAAGCGAACGAACGCAAAGGUUUGACAGACAGAAGAAAUAACGAGUAUCUGUAAAGGCACACACACCUCAGCAGGACAGUGAAUUAAGAACUCGUGGAUUCGUUUAGUUCGUCAGUACCGUCCGGUCAACUGUUAGCCGGCUAGCCGCUGUGCUCUCCGCUUGCUCCACAGCAGUUAGCCGUGUGUUAGCAGUGAGCUAACGUGGCUUCAGUCCUCUAGGUGUCGCUGCAGCGCAGUGUUUAAGUCUGCAUUCGGACCAACGACAGUGAAAAAAUGUGGCGGUAGAUCAAUAACACACACACACACACACACACAACACGCGUUAAGCCAUAUAUUCCCGAAAUUUAUAAACAACUGCACGCCGUGAACGUUUUCUCCCAGCGCAUGCGCCGUAACGCGCCACCCCGCAACACAAACAGGAACGCGCAAAGCUUGCGCGGUUCAAUUCCGGCUUUGUUUCUUAAUGUUAAAUGAUCCCAUAGCCAGCGGCUCCAUCAUGGCUGAAGCCCAUUGUUUGUUACGCGUAUAUCCGACCGUAACUCCCACUGACCAGCACAUUCAAACGCAUCACUUCCUCUACUGGUCCACAUUAGCGGCCAUAUCACAAACAGGUACAGUAACACCGACUGUCACCACAUCUUUAAACGAGCUUCCGGCUCGGGGAUCUCACGACGUCAGCUGCUGCGACGACCCGAACUGAGAAAACAGAAGCCGAGCAGGACAACUGAACCGCAGGAUCCCGUCUCAUGACUCCCGUUAACAAAACGUUUAAACCGACUGAGUCCAAUUUGGGUGAACGCGGCCAUCAGUUACCGUCCAUAAACAGAGUCAAACACAAGGAAACGUCGGACUCAUGUCACAUCCAGAACCGAAGUUAUACGUGCCUUCGCCGCAGUGGUCACAACAGCAGACUGACUGAUUCCAGUCCAACCUGAAAUUCAUUGCUAACUAAACUCUUCCUUUUGCUCCACACGAUGAUGUCACACAAGUGUAGCCUGGCUCGAAACAGGGAACACGGGAUCAUAAAGUCACAGCUAUUCGAUCUAAUAGCAUCGAGGCCUAGAGAGCAUUUUAUUCUAUUAAUGGUAAUUAGUUUGACUAAAACGUGCAGAUAAUUUCUGUUAACAAAACUAAGCAGCCAGUUAUCCGUCUAAUACAAUCGGUCAUGGCGUAUGCCCCCAGCAUCCAAGUGGUUUUAAUGAUCCAAUAAAUAGUCCAGCAGGUCAGAGACGCCACCUCGCUGUUCUACGGCUCUUCUACCGCAUAACGAGCGGUAGAUCCUCCGGUCUCGGUGCUGAGAGCAGCCGGGACGACGUUUGAACCAGGUGGCGGCAGCAAGAUGGCGUCCGAGGCUGCGCAGUACAGGAGAAGCGGAGCACGGGCAAUGACGUUUCAGUGCAAGGAGACCGUAAGCAGUUUCCCCCCUCAGUUAGAAAAGAUCCACGAUGUCGAUGGGGUUGACACGACGAAAAAAACAGACGAUAAGGCACGGAUUAGCGUUACACCGUCGAAACAUUUGAUCUGCUGGAGCAGGCAGAAGGAUGUUGUCUUGAGGCAUCAUACAGAUGUAUAAAAAGUGAGAGCCUCCUGCCCUUCAGAUGUCUGGAACCUGUUCAUGGCUUCUACAAAGAAGCGGAAAGGAAUGGUGUUCCAUCAGGAAGGGACACCCACCUCAGCAGCAGCACCCGCAGGGGACCUUCCACCUGCAUGCUUUGUGGUUCUGAAACCAGGGAAGGCAGGUGGAGGUGGGAUGGAACAAAGCACCCAUGAAACCAGUGAGGAGGCAGAUAUGAUUGGUAAACCCAACAUGUACCCAUCAGAGGAAGCCAUCAGGACUUUUGCUGGGUUACCUGCUAUGAAACAACCUGUCAAUUUAAGCUCUCAGUCGGGCACCCUGCCGCCUGAUAGCAUCUGUAACGGCAUCAAAGUGACCCUGGACAACAACAGCAUGUGGAAUGAGUUUUUUAGAUGCAAAACAGAGAUGAUUCUGACUAAACAAGGCAGCAGGAUGUUUCCUUACUGCCGCUUUCGAAUCUCUGGUUUGCAGCCAUCUAGGAAGUACUCUCUGAUCAUGGACAUUCAACCAUUAGACAGCAGUCGAUACAAGUGGACCGGCACCAGCUGGCAAAUUGCUGGAAAGGCAGAGUGUUAUGUUAAGAGUGAACCAUUCCCUCAUCCAGAGUCUCCAUCAACAGGUCAUCAGUGGAUGCAGAAACCAGUGUCCUUUUACAAGCUGAAGCUCACAAACAACAUCACAGACCAAGAAGGAAACACUAUCCUGCAUCCAAUGCACCGCUACUUGCCACGACUGCAUGUGAUCCAAACUGACAAAGUUGCAAAGGACAUUAAGCUAAGUGGUCCCAGUGUUGUCACAUUCACUUUUCCCCAGACUGAGUUUAUGGCAGUCACAGCUUACCAAAACUCACAGUUUGCUCAGCUCAAAGUUGACUACAACCCAUUUACUAAAGGACUGAAGGAGGAGGGCUCCAGUUCAUGUGACCUAAAAUUGAAAUUGAACUCUGGCAAAGACUUGCGCAAAGAUGGAGGCACAACAACCAACGAGCAACAUCCUUUGAAGAAGAGUUUGAAGUCUUUGCUUGCAAACCAUAAACCGAGAAGCUCAAAAGCAGUGGACUCCAAGCCUUUGACGUCAGGUGACCUCCAGAAAAAUUCCAUUACAGUCAAGGAUCAGUCAGCUGCCAAGGUCACUGAAGAAAGUUCAUGCAGUCCAAGUCCAGCUCAGAAGUUAUUUUCUGAACUUAUUCGGGAGGCUCAUGUUUCACUGCAGAGAUGCAGCUUGGAGCAGCUGAGCGCCAGUAACAACACCUCUCACAGAAAUGAGCUAAACAACACUAAAACUACCACUUUGAAAAGAAAUGGACAAGAUGUUCCUAAGAGGGAAAGAACAUCUACUGAAACACAUAGUGAAGCAUCACCUGCAAAGAAAGGUGAAACUGUUGCACAAACAAAGAUGAAAGUUAAGGUUAAAGACAAGGACCUUUUGAAUUUUGUUAACUGCAAGGACAUUGUCAGGACAGAUUGUUCUGAUGUCAGUAAUGUUGCAGCUGCUCCAGCAGUGUCCCAGAACUUCUCUGUGGACUCAGACCACAAAUAUAAGUCUGAAGCACAAUCGCAGGUGAAAGUGAAGCAGCAUAAACGGCCAGCACCUCUGCCUCUGCCAGCCCUGGCUCUUUUUUUGAAGCAGCAUUCGACGAAAUCCAGACAGGCAAAGAGCAUGUCGGCCUCCCCUUCCACGGCUACGGAAUCACAGAGUCCUCCUGCAGCUUCUGCAUGUCCGCCUUCUAAUCACACCCACAGUCCAACUUGUCCCUCAAAGGAUUUCAGUGGUGAUGUCACAAGAUCUGACGACCACACCUCUGGACGUGCUAGUGUACACAUUCAUCCAGAUGAAAUGGUUUCUGCUGGCAAUGGAGAAGCAGUUGAAAUCAACCAUCAGCCUUCAAGUCUAACAUGUUCAGAUGCUGUUGCCACUACAGAUCCAAAGGGACAAGGAACUAAUGAUAUCUUGGCCUCCAUUUCAGUUGAUGAAGGUACAGACUCAGAGCCAGCAGUGCUAGAUCGUACACCAGUGUUACUCAACUCAGAUCAGUCAUUUUCUACACUUGGGACAUAUAUAUCCGCCAUUUCCUCAGCUCUUACUACCUCUUCUCGGUCCCCCCUUUUAACGCCGCAACUUGACACAGUGUUACCUGCCCCAAGUUCUCCACAAACACCAACCAUCACUGAGUCUUCCACACUACCUUUAGACUCUCCCACUAUGAAGUCAGAUUCAUUGCUACCAGACCCGGAAUGUUCUUCUUUUGGCUUUGAGCCUUUGUCACCUGCUAGCUCUCCAGAACCUUUACCUUCCCUGCCAGCCUCAGUAACUUCACAACUCAAUUGCACUACUUCUGAACCAGCUCCAAGCACAGUACCCUCUGAAGAGUUACAGCAUAGUGAAGACUCUGCAGGCUCUGUGUUUAAAUGGCAUACAGUGUUACCUCCACCUGAGCGGUACAUGGACACUUCAUUCACCACAUUUCAGCCCACACCACAGACUCUUCCUUUAGCGACUGUUACGUCGCCAUUGUUGCCUUCCCAGACUCCCUCCCACCCUGAACCACAGACUUUUGACUCUACAUCCACACCUCCCCCUGAUACCACUUCAUCAUUUCAAGAGAACGAACAGUCGUUGCCCUUCCCUGCAGAACUGUCACCCUUGGCACUUCAGUUGCCGUUGUCUCCAACCUUUUCUUCAUUAGAUGGAGACGGACUGUCACCCACACCUUCACUCACUGACCUUGUGCACUUUUUCACCACCGAUGACCUUGGAAUGGGAGUGGACUUUUCAAACUCAGAGGCAGUGGCUGUCCCCUGUCCAUCUCCAAGUACAGUAGAGGCAAAUGCACAUGAGAUGUCCCAACAGGCACAGCCAAUCCCGGGCAACAAACCCUGCAAGCGCAAGAAAUCCCGACGGCGAAAGCUUGCAAAGACUGAUAUGGAUCAGAAGAUGGAUGACUCGGUCUAUACUAGCAUGAAGCCUAACCUGGAGGAAGUGGAGGAGCAGCUAUUUAUCUCAUUUACAUCAAAGGAGGCCCUCAAACUUCACAUCGUGGACUCGUCUGAAGAAAUGGUCUCACAGCCUCGGACGACACCUGAAAGUCACCUGCAACAAACAACUGACACACCUGAAAAUGAUGCAAACAUGGAUGCUGGUGAAAGCUCACUCCCUGACAGCAUCCACCCUCAUAACUUUCCUGCCAAACUGUGGUGUUUGGUGAACAACCCAGAAAUCCCAGCCAUCUGCUGGGACAGUGACGGCGAUGUCAUCGUCAUUGAUCAGCGUCUCUUUGAGAGACAGAUUCUGUCUCCAAGCACCACAAGCUCGGACACCACCGGCACCUUCAAAACAACCAACUUCUCAAGCUUUGUCCGUCAGCUCAAUCUGUACGGCUUCAGGAAAGUUGAUCCAGUGUUAAACCACCACCCGUCCGGAGACAGUGGGACGUAUCAUUGCUUCUGCAACCAAAACUUCAAGCGAAGUUGCCCUGAACUUGUUGCGAGUGUGAGGAGGCUCACUGUCAACAAUAGGGCCAAGCUACAAGCUGGUCUGAGUGUCAGCUGUCGGCACCCGAGUCAAUACCAGCAGUGCGGUGGAGGUGAAGAUGGCAGAGAUAAAACUGUGAAAAGAGUAGAGACGGCAGACAGUUUGGAGGAGAUUGCUGCCUUUGAGAAGAUUCUUCUCAGAGAUUUGAAGCUGAUGAGACACAGACAGGUGAUCCAUCCUGUGCUGCAGGAAGUCGGUCUGAAGAUGAACCUGCUGGAUCCGACUCUGGCCAUAGACCUGCAGUACCUUGGGGUUCGCCUGCCCAUCCCCCCUCCUGGAGUCUCUCUGGAGCCGCUGACCCAGGAGCUGCCGCUGGCUCAAGGUGUUUGUGCAGCGUUCGUGUCCAGAACAGGAAAAACAACAGAUGUGACGCAGAUUAAAGGUUGGAGAGAGAAAUUCUCUCCGUCAGAGGCACCACCCACUCUGGCACCACCCAAACCUGAGGCUGGUCCCAGUUCAGAUGUGCCAAAGAAGAACCUGUCAGCGUUCUGCAGCGACAUGUUGGACGAGUAUUUGGAGAAUGAAGGGAAGCUGAUUGACGAGCGAGCCGCCAGCUUCUCUCAGCCUCUGGUGGAGCCGGUGGUGUACGAGCUGCCCACCAGGAGCACUAGCUACGUCCGCACCCUUGACAGUGUCCUGAAGAAACAGCCCAGCAGCUCCCCCACCUCGGACCUCAUAUCUGGAUUCAUCCCCCCUUCCAAGAGACCCAAAGUCACUGUCAGAGAGACCAAAACAUCCAGGAGAGAAAACACAAAGCAGAAAGGUCCAAAAUACAAUAAACCCAGAGCAGAACCAUCUCCCACUUCAGCUGAGUCAAACCUGGACCCUAAGCAUGCAGUACAGAUCCCAGACUCUGUCUAUCUUCAACCUACAACCAUCAAGACAAGGAAGAAACUCAAACCCAAGACCUCGUCACAGACCCUCAGUCCCCCUAGGUCCACAGCCCCCCUGCCCUCAGACGACAUGGCCCCGCUGGAGUCGGACUCUGAGCUGGGGGCCGAUGAGCGCACUGACAGCUGCAGGAAGAAUGGAGGAGCUGUGAUGACCCGAGCUCUGCUGAGGCAAAAGGACCUAGAGGACAGGGUGGUCUGGGAGGGCAGACCCCGGACCAGCAUCACUGAGGAGAGGGCCACCAUUGCUCUGACAUCACUCUUCACCCUGAUGGGUUUCGUCAGUGAGAACCCCACUGCUCCCAUCCAGCUGACCCAGAGGCCAGCUCCUCCCUGCCUGAAUGACUUUUGUAGGCUGGGCUGCAUCUGUUCCAGUCUGGCCUACUCCUCCAGGAUCAGCCACUGUGGCCAGCCUACCUGCAUGUUCGGAUGCAGCUGCCUCAAACAGAAGGUGGUCCUCCUCAAGAACCUGGACGGCUCAGAUUCCAGCCCUUCCCACCCUGGGAAUAACAAGAAGAGGAAGAGGAAGAGGAGGAUGAAGAUGGCCUACGUUCUAAAGGAGGCCGACAGCGUUUCCCAGCCUGCCGAGCGGGUCCAGACUCUGUGGAGAAGGGACGAUCCAGAAUGUGAACCAGACUCGAUCCACAUCCCAGAACCGGCACCCUUAACAGACCAGGCUGACAGAAGUGAUAAUCACAGUAGCUGUGCCAGGGUUAGAGGCUACACAGGGAGGAAGACAAUCCACAAGCAGAAGCACAAGGAGUCGUCAUGUGGCUUGAAGUCUAAGGACCCUCAGCUGAAAGCUUGGAAACAGAGAGACCUGAAAAUCAAGGAAGCAAAGAGCAAACCCUCUGGUCCUCCUCCAGAUAAACCAGUUCAGCCAGCUCUCUCUGACUGGACUUUGGUUCCAGCAGAAUCACCCCUGAAGCCAUCCAAGCGUCUGAUCAUCUUGGCGGAGUGUAAGUGGACAAGUGAUGCUGACCGGAGCCAUGUGUUGAAGGAGCUGUGCGAGAGGAUGGCCUGGGAUCAACUGGACCAGCCUUUCUGGAUCAAAAAGUAUCUCAUCAGUCCAAUCAGUCAGACUGUGGAGGGAAGCGGCAGUGACCGCUGCAUCCAGUACAAAAUCCACAUCUCUAGGCCCAAACUGGACCCAGUGAAACCAGCAGCACCAGUGAAACCACAACAUCAAGAAAAACACAGGCAGACAGAACCACAGCAGGAGCACCUGAAACGGGAGGCCAGGGAGGAUGAACCUCUUGAAGAUUGGCAGCGAGAGGUGGAGGAGGAAGAGGCGGAGUCUCUCGAAGAGUGUCAGCAGGAAGUGGAGGAGGAAAAGGUAGAAUCUCUUGAGUGUCAGCGGGAAGCGGAGGAGGAAGAAUUAGAGCCUUUUGAAGAUUGGCAACGAGAGGUGGAGGAAGGUGAUGUCAAGGAGGAUGCAGGAUCAGCAGUUCACCAGGUGCAUUAUGGGAGAGAGAGCAGUAGAAAGGAAGUGAAAAUAAGGAUGAAGAAGAAGAAGAUGGUCAGUAUGGCUCUACCCUUCCUGACAGGAAUCUCCCCCGCCGGAUUCCUCUCAGCUACAAGGAAACAGUCAGGUGGAACAGACCAUCUGGUCCAGGUGAACGGGAAGUUCUAUCCACUAGCAAAGAUCCAGCUGGGGAAGAUGGGGGCCCUCCAUCCAGCGAACCGGCUGGCAGCAUAUCUCACUGGCCGGGUGGGGUCCAACAGAAAGCAACAAGUUUCUUUGCCCCCUUCAUCCAGCUCCAGACUUUCUCAGAGCCAGAGUUCAGAUCCGACCUCCAAGAAGUGGUUCCCAGCUUCAGCUGUGCUUUCCGGCCUGCUCAGCAUCCCAAACUCCUCUGCUGGUCAGCCUGCGGGAGUAAAGGUCCACCAGUCAGCUGCUUCCUCUGAUCGUCCUGCAGGUGGAGCACCUGAGGCGGCGAAGUCCCAGGUUGUCAUGUUCAAAGUGUACCCGGGCCCUAAGGGAGGGGCCAGUCAGGUCGGAAAGGCACCCCAACCCUCUGGUAGCUCCACCCCCACAUCAGCCUCUCAGUUGAGCAGCUCUGUGGUCCCACCUGUAAAUCCGACUCCUAAAGGCUCUCAGCUGUUGAGGUUUCAGGUGGCGGGUCUUCCUGGGAAGGUUUCUGCGCCGACUUCAGCAGCCUGGCCCCUGUCCUCCACCUCCAGUGGUCAGAGGAUGAUCCUGCAGCCGGUCCAGACAGUGUCAGGCGUCCAGUACUACCGCAGACCAGACGGUCAACUGGUCCAGCUGGUUCCUAUCAGCCACCUGAGACCAUUCAACACGAACAAGUCGGUUCAGAGAGGCUCGUCCUCGCCCUCAGUCGUCCCUGCUGCGUUACCUCAGACUCCAGUCGUCACUGUUGUCAGCCAAAAGCCCCCUGUGACCACAGUAACAACCUCCUCCACUUCUUCUUCCUCCUCCACUUCCUCCAUGUCGUCCUCUUCCUCCACCUCCUCCACUUUUUCUUCCUCCUCCACUUCCUCCACCUCCUCCAUGUCAUCCACUUCCUCCACUUCCUCCACC